UGGCAGCAACAGAAACCAGCAGCGUUUGUUCGCUCAUUUAUAUUUUGAGUGUUCGUCGCGACGCAAGUGAAAAAAAGUUUCUUUCGGUCCGUUUUUAAAACCACGUUAAACGGGUCGAUUUGGCGGGGAUAAAGCCGCAGAAACCCACUACCGGAAACUGAGAUACAUCGGAAUCGGAGUCCUCAGCCCCCCGGCCAGGAAUUCCAGGUGGAAAACACGAUUUCUCGCUUUUCUCCAAAAACGUAGCAUAACGAGUGCGGACAGCGUUAAAGAAGAAAGCAAAAUGUGAGAUUGGAGAUCGCUCUCUCUCUCUCUUACAGUUUGUUAUUAUUUGUUUCGCACGCUCUCCCGUUUUAUUGUCCGCGCGAUCAUUUACGAAUCAGUGUGGGCAAGAAGUAGUGCGAAUUUCCGAACUGCAAGGUAGUCCGGGCCACCCCUCCGGCCUCCUCGUGGAACACACUCCUGUUGCCUGUCCCAGGCAGGAUGCUAAGCGCGCAGCUCUGAGCCCGCGGCGAUAAGGAUAGCGUAAGGAUCUACCUGUGCAGCUGGACCCGCGACAUGGAGGCCGAGUUCGAGCACCUGUGCCGCAUCUGCGCGGCCAACACCAAGAGCAAGACCAACUCCGUGGUGGAGAGCGUCUUCAUCUUCAAGACCCAGGGCCUGAAGGACAAGAUUUCGCGGCAUCUCUACCUGAGCGUGGACGAGGACGACCCCCUGCCCAAGGUGCUCUGCAAAGCCUGCUACCGACAGGUGGAAGCCACUGCCUCCCUCUCCAACAUCGCCAAGCACACCCAGGUUGUGUUCCGCGACUUUCUGCUCAGCACGCUGCCCAAGAAUGCCCGCGAGGCAGCCGCCGCUCAGCUCACUGCUCCGCCUCCUCCCGCCCAGAAGCCCCGGCCCGGGCCAGCUGCCCGGACGGAAGAUAAGCAGCCGGCAGGCGAUGAAUCCCGUCCGAUAGUACUGACCCGGAUUCCGAAAAACGUCACGGUAACGAAGACCCAGGCGGAUGAUCCACCACAGAGCGACCUGAUCGACAAAAGCAAGGAAGGCUCCCGGGAGACUGUAUCCGUAAACUUUGACAAAGGCGGACCACCGCAGGAGAAAGUGGUGUCAGCACGACGCAGCAGCGUUUUCGUUGAUUCGCGCUAUGGAUCUGCCCCGAUGUCCAUCGCACAGCGGUCCAUGAAGAAUCCGCCCUCGCUGGUUCCGCUCCACUCCGAAGUAUCGAUCACCAGUGCGCCCAAAAUCAGUCCGGAGAAGAAGCCCUCGCCGGCGGGCGUGAUAAACUUCAUUCAGACCCACGGACGCAUUACGGGCAAGGUGCCCGUGACCAGCCAGGAGGCCAAGAACCCACAGCCACCGCCAGUUCCUGCACUGGCAAGGGUCAGCAACCCCGCAAUGCCCAAGCUGCCUACCAACGUCCUCCAGCAGAAGCGUAGGAAUCUUAAAAACGCCGUCAACAACAUCAAAGCCAUUCAGAGCGGACAGGUCUCGUUGCUGAAGUCGGCACAGGCACGGGGGCCAGUGGAGGAAACAAGGCCGUAUGUGACCACCACUCUGGUGCCCAAGCAGACCAUGUUCGGGUUUGAGCCUUCGGUGGAGGAAGUGCUGCCAGAGCACAUGAUAUUCGCCGCGCCCAAGAAGAAGAGGGACGACGAGGAAGCGACUCUCCAGACCGGGCCCCCGAAACUGGCGAAAAUCAUGCCUGUCCCAAACAACCCGACGGCUGCUGUUCACCAAGCUCCAUGUUCCUCGAACGCUUCGAGCCCUGUGAAGAGUCUCACAGAGGCCAUUUCGCUGGGCAGCGUCAUUCGGGACCCGGACUUGCUGAAGCUCAUCCUGAAGGCUCUGAAGUGGCCAGUUUCGGCCGGGAACUGCGAGGAUCAGAUGAACCGAUUGAAGAACUCCAAGUUCGCGGUCAUCAUGUCGGACAGCAACCUCUUACAGGACACAGAUCUCACCCAGCUGUUGGGGCCCUACUUGGCUCCCAUGCUAGCGCUCGCCCAGCAGCAGGAGAAGCAGUCGCCUCCGCCCCUUGUGGCGGCCUCUUUCUCUGCCUCGAGCAGCUCUGCGCAGGGCCCCAAGGAUAUACUCAACCUGGCCGAUCUGUCGGGAGCCAUUCCCUACAAGCUGCCGCCAGAGACCUCGGUUCAGCUGGUGCCAUCGAGUCCCACGGAGUUGGAACCCCCUCCACUGCGUCUCACAAAGCUCGUCCAGGCUGGCAAACGUUCUCAGCGCAAGGGGCGCAGCCGGGAAGGCCCCGCUAGAGGUCCCUCUCUCCCGCGAACCUCGGCACCUACUGCGAAUGCCGCACAUGUCACCAACGAGCUGUUGAACCUGAACUCCACGCUCCUCUCGCAAUUCGAAUCAAACCCAGCCGACGCUCUCAACGAAGCGCUCCUCUCGAUGCUGAAGCAGCAGCAGGAAGCCAAGGAGCAGCGCAGCUCGCGUCGCCGUCGCAGUGCGUCCAACAGCGUCGUGAACCUGGAGGACAUUGUGUUGGUGGAGCCACAGCCACCCUUGGACCUGGAGCCAAUUGCAUCGAAUGUCGUACAUCCGGAGGCCUCCAAUCGUCGACCCCCACCUCUGGCUUCGACCCAACCAACUCCAGUCACCAGACCCAUCGUGAAGAGGCGCAAAACUGUGAUUCAGUCGCUGAAACCGUCGGAUGUCCCAACACCCAAUAAUGGCGGCGCGCCGAUGGCUAAGAGCGCGUCAAAAGUAGUACACCCCACGGUGGCCAAGACUCCGGAAAAGGACACCGCCGAGGUGGAGCCGACCAGCGAGGAGCAGCCAGUCGUUGAACCGUCCCAGGCACCGUCAAGCACCGUUCCGGAAGCCACCAAUGCCGAUCAUGAUGCUGCAGAGGAACAGCUCGAAGUUGCAGCGGAGGAUGCCUCAGAUAAUGCGGAUACGGAAAGUUCCAACAGGGGCGGACCUGGCAAUCGGAAGUCGGAGGUAAAGGCGGUGCUCGGCCAGAAGCUUCUGGAGGCGAUUGGCCUGCCGCAGCUAGGAAAGGAUGUGGCGCCUGAGAGCUCGCGCGACAGCCUGCGCAGUGCCCUGAAGCGCUCCCUGAAGCAGGCUCAGGAGCAGCAGCAGCAGAUGAAGCGCACCAAGCACGAGGAGCCGGUGAAGCAACCGGCCGAUUCCACCACCAAGCCAAGUGCCGCGGAGUCGGCGGAUGAGCGGAAGAAGGCGAUUGCCGAACGGGAGCUGGCGCUGCUGAAGCGGAAAGUGGCGGAAGAUCCCAAAGAGGCCCCGAAAGAUGAGAAGUCAGAGCGAACCGAUGUGAGCUCAUCCUCGUCGCGGAACCGCCGGAACCGCAAAUCAAAGACGGACGAAGCUAUGGAGGAUUCUGGAGACGAGGAGAAGAAGCCCGAGCGGUGGGACGAUGACGACGAGCUGCCGCUGAAGGCGGACGGGGAGAAAGGUCCCGAGGAGCGGAGCAGCAGCAGCAACAGCAACCGGCCCACCCGGGCGAGCAAGACCCAGUCCAAGUAUUACAAAGGACCGUCCCUCAAGUCGCAGCACUCCAUGGGAACGCGGUCGACCCGGCAGCGCUGAGAGCCCUCGGAUAUCAUUUCUCAUAUGAAAUAUGUGAAACUAUUUUUGGACAAUUAGCCAUUUAGCGCAUAAGGAUUUUCAAACAAGUUUGUGUACAAUGUACACGCGAAUCUAGAGCCUAAGUAUCUAAGAUUAAGGAGCGAAGUUGGAAGCUGUGUUGACGGAAAAUAGUUCAACUGUUGGAAGAGUCAGACAGCCCUGGGUAACUCUUAGUUACGACCUGGUGGAACUGUACAGAAUAUAUAUUUAUGUUAAGGAGCAGCCUUGGAGCUAUGUACACCUUAAAUACGGAAGAAUCGCAAUUUAGUUUUCUCUUUUCCGGAGGGCGUUGGAGUUCUCCGCCUAUUUAACUCACAUGUUCACUUGAAGUUUAUUAUUUAGUUUUAUACUUUGAAUAUAAAAGCACCUUCUAUUAGAAUAGUAUCUAUCAGAGAGGAGUAUCUAUAAGUUUGUAAACUGAUCAUACACCUUAUUGUUCUGUAUAUGGAGAGAAUACACUUUUUAGUUUAAAAUGUUGGAACAAA